AGUUUAGUUUCAGUAACACUGAUGAAGGCUCUAGAGCCCCGACACUGGUCUGCUUGACUCAGUUUAGUUUCAAUAAUGCUGAUGAAGGCUCUAGAGCCCCGACACUGGUCUGCUUGACUCGGUCUCUUCUAGUUUCACCUCAAUAAUAACACCUGUGCCAUUCUCCUUACCCCUUGGAGUUGGGACAUUGCAGAAAAGACGACGCCUCAGUUAGUAGCUUCUAGGAAACUAAAACGCUCCCUUUCAAUGACAUAAAGUUGCAGCAGAAUUGUAUAGAAUUGCAUUUUUUUGUAUGUAUAUGUGCAUUACAAAGAGGGUAUUGUCUUAGUAAACUGACUGUGCUUUACCGCCCCCAUGCCUGCAAAAAUGUUAAACUGUAAAAAAGCAAAAAAUAAUCUAAAAAAGAUUUGUGUUGAUACUUGGAAGAAAAUAAAACUACAGUCUGUCGUCGCUUGUUUUUCUUUCUCUGAGUCGUUAUCAAUGAAUCUGCAGGAAUCUGUAUCGUAAUGUUUAUGGGCGAUGGGGGGGGGUUAAAGUCUGUGAGCUCUCAGAACUCUGUCUGUCACACUCACGCACACACACGCACGCACCCUCUGUGCUUCUCCCUGCUCGCUCCUGGAGGAUCGCUCAGAUUGAAGGAAUGGACAGAGUGAAGGAGAUGUUGAGAGUGAGGAACGCUCUGGUGCGGGAAUGCUUCGCAGAAUUCCUGGGCGUUUACAUCCUGAUCAUUUUCGGGUGCGGCGCCGUGGCUCAGGUCACGACUAGCAGUCAAACCAGAGGCGAGUAUCUCUCUAUCAACCUGGCUUUUGCAUUCGGAGUCACGUUUGGUGUGCACGCCUCCCGCGGCGUUUCAGGAGCCCAUCUCAACCCUGCCGUUUCCCUGGCCAUGUGCUUGCUGGGCCGGCUGCCCUGGCAGAAGCUGCCGGUGUACGCGUUCUUUCAGCUGCUCGGGGCAUUUGUUGCUGCUGCCACGGUGUACGCGCUGUACCGCGAUGCCAUCAUGCACUACAGCGGGGGCAAUCUGACCGUCACUGGCCCCUUAGAGACGGCCUCGAUCUUCGCUACCUACCCCGCACCCUAUCUGUCCAUUUUCAAUGGAUUUGUGGAUCAGGUGAUUGGCACUGCCGCUCUGCUCCUGUGUGUUCUGGCGCUGGGUGACUCUCAGAACAGUCCCGCUCCAAAGGGGCUGGAGCCGGUUCUGGUGGGAUUGUUGGUGCUGGUGAUCGGACUGGCCAUGGGCUCCAACAGCGGGUACGCCAUUAACCCCGCCCGCGACCUGGGACCCCGACUGUUCACCUGCGCGGGGGGCUGGGGUUUGGAGGUGUUUAGCGCUGGGAGACACUGGUGGUGGGUUCCCUUGCUCGGUCCCAUGGUGGGCUCUUUGGUCGGGACCGCUGUGUAUUACCUGCUUAUCGAACUGCAUCACCCAGCCCUGAAGGGGGCGCUAGAGGACUGUCGAACCAUGAACAACAAAUACGCCAUCGAACUGGAGGAGGAGACCUCCAAACCCGGAGAGGUGGGGCCAGAACACGAUCAACCGGCUGUAGAGCCCCAGAAACUCUCUUAAAGAGGAGUGAAUGCACAGUCAUUGCAGAAACGGUCACUGCUGGGCUUUCACGAGCCGCGUCGAACGCUUUGAAACACGUUCCGGCAAAACUGUGUUUUCAUUUAGCAGCUUGACCAGUUAUCCUGUACCAGAACCAUGCCACCUAAAACUCUUAGCCUGUGCUUUACAAUGCUUCCCUACACUUUACCACACCUCUCUGUGCUUUACAAUGCUUCCCUAUGCUUUACCAG